ACCAUAGGCUACACAUCUCUCUCUUUCUCUCAUUAUUGUUUUCGUUUUUGUUCUUCAAUAAUUUUUUCCACAAUAAUAGCAGCAGGAGUUCAAGGAUUCCAUUCUUGAAGCCGGUUUUUCUAACCUCAUUAUCGCUCAUCUGUGACUUGUUCAAUUCGUUUUUGUGCGCUUAUUGUAUUUUCGUCAAACUCCUCAACAUGCUAAUGUGGUCGUAGCCUUGGUGGAAAAUGCGUUUUCCUCUCAUUUCCACCUCUAUCCGGUUGUCAAGAAAGAAGAUCCACUUAUUUAGUUUUAAAUAUUCUCAUCAGUUCCAAAAGAGGAUACAUAGAGUGCGGGUGUUUGUGUUUAGGUACAUUGAAAAAAUCUAAAUAAGGAUUUGGAUUAUCCAGCAGAUUGACUUGAGAAGCAACAAAAUAUGAUUCAAGUGGCAGCGUUCUAUGCACUGUUUGCAGUGCUGGCAUGGUUUAUUUCGUUUUUGAUUUCAAAGAGAAGACAUCUAGUGCUGGCCAAAAGUUUCCAUGGUCCACCGGCCUUACCUUUACUUGGCAAUGCUUUACAGUUUGCCAGGAUAAGUCACAAUGAACUCAUAGCAACGGUAAGCGAGUUGGAGAAGAAAUACAACAGUCCUUGUCGGUUCUGGCUGGGUACACAUCUUGUUAUAGGAGUGGCCGAUGCUGAUAGCAUGGAAGCAGUGCUACGGAGCAGUGAAAAUAUGGAUAAAAGCCAACAUCAUACAUUUUUCAGUGACUUUAUCGGUGGCGUAUUUUUAGCCGAAGGUGAAAGAUGGAAGCGGCUGAGAAAAAUGGUAAUGUCACCCAUGUUUCAAGCGUCCAGCAUGGAGGGACAUGUUCAAAUAUUUAACGAGCAGAGUCGACUCAUGUGUCAACUGCUGCUCAAAUACAAGAUCGGAAAAGGCAGUUUCGACAUCAGGCCUUUGAUGAGCUCCUGUGUACUUGAUAUCAUAUGCCAGACUGCUAUGGGAACUCCAAUGGGCGUUCAAUUGAGAGAUGAUGUUUCCUACCCUAAAGAUAUUAGCGAAAUAGCUGAAAUAACUAUGGAACGAAGCAGUAAAGUAUGGCUGCACCCAAACAUUGUGUUCAACAAUACCAUUCUCGGCAAUCGGAAAAACGAGCUUGCUGCGAAUAUUCUCAACUUUGUCAAAUCGGUAAUAAAAACAAGGAGAGAUAUAAAGACGAACGAGAAAAAUGGGACCGCAAAAGCAGAGGUGAAGAGCCCAUACAAGAAGUUUGUGCGUCCUUAUCUGGAUUCUAUGCUGGAGUAUGCUGAGGAAGAGAAACUCACCGAAGACAGACUGGCCUUGGAAGUUAACGACCUAAUGGUGGCCGGUUCUGACACAUCAGCCGUUGCCUCCAGUCACGCACUGGUAAUGCUAGGAAUGGACCAAGAGCUCCAGGAUCGCGUCUAUGCCGAACUGAGGGAGAUCUUCGGUGACUCGGACCGACCGGCCACCCUCGAGGACCUAGCCAUGAUGACUCAGCUGGAGAUGGUCGUCAAGGAGACGGUGCGAAUCACCUGUCCACCACACAUGGCCCGCACUGUCGAGCGGGACAUCAUUCUGCCAGGUAAAGGAGGAGCCAAAGACAGGAUAAUUCCAACUGGAGCUACCGUGUAUAUGCUUCUUUACAAUCUACACCGAAACCCAAAAUACUGGUCACACCCCGAUGAAUUCUACCCCGACCAUUUCCUACCUGAGUAUGAGGCAACCAGACCAAAGUUCAGCUAUCUGCCAUUCAGCUACGGCCUCAGAAUAUGUCCUGGUUACAAGUACGGAGUGUACUCGAUAAAAACAGUGCUUUCAACUGUCUUGAGGAAAUUCAAAGUGAAAUCAAAUCUGGAUAAGAAUAACUUGAACUUCAGGCUAUCUAUAAUGUUGGAGUUAGCUGAUGGCUACCCUGUGACUUUGGAGCCAAGGAUACCUGCAGAAUAGAGAGAGAAAUUUUAUUGCCCAAUCAUAAUUGGUCUAAUCUUCAAUAAACGUUGCUAAGGAUGAAGGGUGAACUCCAUGAACCAUUUCUGGACCUAUUAUGAUAAUAAUUGAUGAUGCUGAAAGGAUCUUUCCUGACCACCCAUAUGAUUGAUCAACUGAUAGAAAGUGAUUAAAAACGAUCUUUCAAGACAUGAAAUACAGUAGCUGAAAUUUGAUAAAAAAGGAUUCAUAGUAUGUGUAAAUAAUUGUAAAUAGCGUAGAAUUUUUAGAAUAUUUACCAUCUCCAUUAUAAAACUAUGUACACUACUCUUAUUUACUUAUAUCAUGAUAUUAUCUUAUGACAUAAUAUUAUUUAAUUAUAUUACUUUGUAAAUCCUAAAAUAAAUGAAAUAAUUGUAAUU